CUAUCCCACUGACUGCUGUUAAGAAAACUAAAAAUAGCAUCAAACCAAAAUCUAACUUAUAAGAUUUUUUGAAGCUAUGUUGUAGACUUUAUUAACAUAUAACUUAUAUAUAUAUAUUAUAUACAACUUUAUUUUUCCAUACUGCGUAUAGUUUCAUUAGGAUAAUCAUUUAAAAAUAGUUACAGAAAAUAAUAAUUUGAUAUAGUUUUAUAUAUAUAUUCUCUCUACUAUAAGAGCUUGGCUGCUCAAACCAACUUCUCUGCUCUCUUACAAAAAAAAUCAACGUUCUUCCUCCUCUCUCACAACAAGAACUCUUUCUGUAUCUUCUUGAUCAUCUUCAACACCAAUAAAUAAUAUUUUCAUCUGUGAUAGUUUCAGAAGGAAAUGGACUACGAGGUAUCAAGAACCGGAGAGAUAGUAGAAGAUUCAGAGCAGAUUGAUUUACCACCUGGCUUUAGAUUUCACCCAACAGAUGAAGAACUCAUAAGCUGCUAUCUGAGUCCAAAGGUUCUAAACACCUCCUUCUCCACUAUAGCCAUUGGUGAAGUUGAUCUCAAUAAGGUUGAGCCAUGGGACUUGCCAUGGAAGGCUAAGAUUGGUGAAAAAGAGUGGUAUUUCUUCUGCGUAAGAGACCGAAAAUACCCUACCGGUUUAAGGACGAACCGGGCUACUAAGGCCGGUUACUGGAAAGCUACAGGCAAAGACAAAGAGAUCUUCAAAGAAAAAUCUCUUGUUGGUAUGAAGAAAACUUUGGUUUUCUACAAAGGAAGAGCUCCUAAAGGAGUGAAAACCAACUGGGUCAUGCACGAAUAUCGCUUAGAAGGCGCAUAUGCAAUCAAUAGUCUCCCUAAAGCGGAUAAGAACGAAUGGGUUAUUAGUAGAGUUUUUCAGAAACAGGCAGAUGGUAAGAAGAUGCAUAUAUCCAGUUUACCGAUGCUCGGUUCAGGGAUUAACCCAUUCGAAUCAGUCGGUUUACCUCCACUGAUGGAUUCUUCUCCAUACCUUAAGAGCGGAGGAAGAGACUCUUUGGCAGGACCGUUGUCUCAACUCUCCGAGUCAAAAGAUGAAUGUAACUUUACCAUGUUUUGUUCUUCAUCGACACACUUGAUACCGAACAUUGGUUCUGUACAAGAUAAUUCUUCGAUAUUGAAGAUGUUGCUUGACAGUGAAGAAACAAAGCUUAAGAAGAAUCUUCAGGAUUUGGGUACAUUAGAGAACGAAUCAACCACGAGUUCUUGGUACGGUCACAAUCUUUCUGGUUCGGCAGCUCCGGUUGAGGUCGAUUGCUUUUGGAACUUCUGAAUUUAGAAAGUGGAACAUAUUUAAAAUUGGGGUAUAUAUAUGGGGAAAACGAUUAUAGGGUAUUUUAGGGUUUUAUAGUGUUGUGGCUUUGCUCUAGGUUGUAGACUUUAGGACUUUGGUUAUACAAAGAUAUUUAAAGACUCUUGUAACAUUUUGUAUAAAAAGCCAAACUGUGAAAAUAUUUUUCUUUCUCUCUUUUACAUGAAAAGAAAACAAGCACCAAUACUUGAGCAAGGUUCUCAUUCCACACAAUACUUAACACAACAAAUCACAUCUUUAUAUAUUUCAAUGAAAUUUCAAAAAUGUGGAAGAAGUCCAGUUC